GCCGCGCGGGAGCGGUCACAUGAUCUUAGCGGCUCCCAGUACAGUAAGAGCCCAAUAUGGCAGCGGCGGGAGUGGUGGCCGCGGCCACAGGAACGGCAGCCCUUUAGACCCCGCCGCCCUCCUCCUUCGCCUUCUCCUCUGCUAGGUGGCUCCUCGGUCCGACUUCCCCUUUCUCCCGUCUCCCGGCCCCGCGGGAGCAGCAGCGCAGGGCACAGCAGGCAGGCAGGGCGACAGAGCUGGGGCACAGGAGCCUCCCAGGCAGUUCAGGACCCGACAUGAGGGAAAAGGGCCGUAGGAAGAAGGGCAGGACCUGGGCGGAGGCCGCCAAGACGGUCUUAGAAAAAUAUCCCAAUACACCCAUGAGUCAUAAAGAAAUUCUUCAAGUUAUUCAGAGAGAAGGAUUAAAAGAAAUCAGAAGUGGGACCUCCCCCCUUGCAUGCCUGAAUGCAAUGCUGCACACAAAUUCUCGAGGUGAAGAGGGGAUCUUCUACAAAGUUCCAGGUAGAAUGGGAGUGUAUACUUUAAAGAAAGAUGUGCCAGAUGGGGUGAAAGAGCUGUCAGAAGGUUCAGAAGAAAGCAGUGAUGGUCAGUCAGAUUCUCAGAGUUCUGAGAACAGCAGCAGCAGCAGUGAUGGUGGCAGCAACAAAGAAGGGAAAAAAAGCAGAUGGAAAAGGAAAGUAUCGUCUAGACUGUCACAGCCAUCCUCUCCCCAGUCAGGCUGCCCCUCACCCUCCAUUCCAGCAAGUAAAGUCAUUUCUCCAUCACAGAAGCACAGCAAAAAGGCACUAAAGCAGGCUCUAAAGCAGCAACAACAGAAGAAGCAGCAGCAGCAACAGCAGUGUAGGCCAAGCAUGUCUAUCUCCAACCAACACCUCUCUCUCAAGAGUAUCAAAGUGGCCAGUGAGUCUGUACCUUCCAAACCUGCAGUAUGGGAAGGAAAGCAAUCUGAUGGACAAUCAAGCAGUCCCCAGAACUCAAACUCCAACUUUUCUUCCUCCAUUAAAGUUGAAAGUUCUCUGCUAGGCUUGGGCAAGAAGUCUUUCCAGAGGUCUGACAGACUGCACACAAGGCAAAUGAAAAGGACUAAAUGCGCUGACAUUGAUGUUGAGACACCAGACUCCAUUCUGGUUAAUACUAAUCUGCGAGCGCUGAUCAACAAACACACCUUUUCAGUCCUUCCUGGAGAUUGCCAGCAACGGUUGCUUUUACUACUUCCUGAGGUGGAUCGACAGGUUGGUCCUGAUGGUUUGAUGAAGUUGAACGGUUCAGCCCUAAACAAUGAGUUCUUUACUUCAGCAGCCCAAGGCUGGAAGGAAAGACUCUCAGAAGGUGAGUUUACCCCUGAGAUGCAGGUGAGAAUUCGACAAGAGAUUGAGAAGGAGAAAAAAGUGGAGCCUUGGAAGGAACAAUUCUUUGAAAGUUACUAUGGUCAAAGUUCUGGCUUGAGCCUUGAAGAUUCAAAGAAACUAACAGCUUCACCCAGUGAUCCCAAAGUAAAGAAAACCCCAGCUGAGCAUCCAAAAUCCAUACUUCCUUCAGCUGCGGCUCCUGCCAGAUUAAGCCCUGUAGUUCCCCAGUUGGAGUGUAAAGAAGAAGCAGUGCAAAUGUUAUCACCUAUCCGAAAAGAAGAGCGUGAAAGCCAAGAUGAGGUGCCGCCAAACUGGAGGUCCCCAGAGACCCACCUUGCCUCAGCUUGCAAUACAAAUGAGCUUAUCAGCAGGCUUUCCAUCAAGUGCCCAAAGGUUGAGGAUCUCCUGGAGCCAGUUGCCCAUGCUGAACAAGAGUCAGAGAAAGAGAAUCAAUUCACUGCCACUUCUUCUAAGUGUUACACAUCUGAGGGCCAAGAAGCAUUAGUUACAUCCCCAAGCAAACCUAAGAGUCCUGAAGUAGAAAAACCAGUCAGGAAGCCUACAGCAGAAGCAGCUUCACAACCCACCAGUAUGAAAAAUCCUCCAGCAACUCUUGCUGAUCAGAUCUCAGAAAACCUCAAGAGGAAAUCUCUCACCCAAGAAGAGGCUCCUGGGAGCCUAGAGAAAAGACCACGCAUCACUGAGAAUCAUCAGCACCAGCAGCCAUUUCAGGUCUCCCCACAGCCCUUUCUUAACAGCGGGGACAGGGUCCCAGUGCGCAGAGUACCACCUCUCAAGAUCCCGGUCUCCAGAAUCUCCCCCAUGCUGUUUCCUACUUCACAGGUCUCUCCCAGGGCUCGUUUUCCAAUCUCCAUCACUAGUCCUAACAGAACAGGAGCCAGAACUCUUGCAGACAUCAAAGCAAAAGCCCAGUUGGUCAAAGCCCAGAGGGCAGCAGCUGCAGCCGCUGCUGCAGCGGCUGCAGCCGCCUCAGUUGGAGGGACCAUUCCAGGACCUGGCCCUGGAGGUGGACACGGUCCAGGAGCAGGCAGUGAAUGGAAAACUGCUAGAGGAGGGAGUCCAGGUUCAGACAGAGUCAGUUCAACUGGAAAGGACCCCACACUGGAACUGGCAGGAACUAGAAGCAGGGGAGGUACGAGAGAGCAUUUACCCUGUGGUUCAGAGACUCAUCCCCAACCUGAGACCAAGACAAGUCAGGCACAGCCUCCUAGUGUCUCUGGAGCACAACUACAGCAAACCCCCUCAGGGUCUCCAGCACCUGCCAAUGGAACAUGCACAAAGAUCCCAUCAUCAGCCCACAUAGAGAAAUCGAACAGUGAAAAACUGAACCCCACCAGGACAACAGCCUCAGUGGCCUCUCCUAGCCACCCACAAGGACCUGAUAGUUGCAGACAGGAGAAAGCGCCUUCUCCAACAGGGCCUGCUCUGACCUCAGGAGCCUCACCUGUUUGCUUUGUAGCUGAAGGCACAGUUGAACCUAAAGCAGAUUCUAGUAAGAAUUCACCAAACCCUUCAGCCUCAGCAAAAAUAACAACUACUGCUCCAGUGGAUACAACUCCCUCCCCUUUAACAUGCUUACUGACAACAGCCAGUUUAGAAACGCUUCCUGUGCCCAAAGUCAGUCUAACUGCAGGAUCUUCUGGAUCAGCUCCCUCCUCAAGUCCUUUGCCAGCAGCUUCUAGCCUUAAAACCCCAGGAACACCUGCAAAUAUGAAUGGACCCACUUCAAAACCAAGUUCUAGUAUCCCUGCUAAUAAUCCUUUAGUUACUCAGCUGCUCCAGGGCAAAGAUGUUCCUAUGGAGCAAAUUCUACCCAAACCUCUCACCAAAGUUGAAAUGAAAACUGUUCCCCUGGCUCCAAAGGAAGAGAAGGAGAUAGAAGCACUCAUAGGUGCCAGCUUAAUAGAAGGUAGCUCCCGAGAGGAAGUUAAUGACAGGCAGUCCCAUCUGGCUAUCCAGCAGUUGGGAAAAACUUUGCAUAGUAAGCAGCUUCCCCAAGUUCCAAUGCCUCUGUUUUCAGCUAAGGACCUUCGGAACUCUUGCAUUGACCAAUACCAAGAUGGACUAAAUAAAGCAACUCAAGAUCACAUCCUUCAUUCUCUCAUGCAGAGGGUUCAGAGACAGAGUGUUCUUUCAUUUGUGCCACCCUCCCAGUUCAACUUGGCUCACUCAGGUUCCCAGUUGGAAGACAUUUCCACAAGCCAGAGAUUCAUGCUGGGCUUUGCUAGCAGAAGGACAUCCAAACCUGCAAUGGCAGGUCACUACUUACUUAAUAUUUCCACUUAUGGCCGGGGUUCAGAGAGCUUUAGGAGGACCCAUUCUGUAAAUGCAGAGGACCGAUUUUGUUUAAGUAGUCCCACUGAAGCAUCAAGAAUGGGAUAUACAGACUGUAAAAACAUAGCAGGAGACAGUAGCAGCAGCAAAGAAGAUGAAACUGAUGAAGAGAGUACUGGUGAUGAACAGGAACCUGUCUUGGUAAAGGAAGAACCCCAGGCUUCCCAGAGUUCCAGCAAGCAUGAUGAGAGUUUAGGAUCCCACAAUAGGGAAACUCCAUCUACCAAUGAUUGCUUAGCUAACAAGAAUGGCAAGGCUGAGGUUCCAGUGAAUGAGCAGCUCACCUCAAGCAAAGAGAGUUACUUAUUCUCUAGAGGCCAAACAUUUGAUGAAAAGACCCUAGCCAGAGAUUUUAUUCAGGUGGCACAUAAGCAAAUGGCUCAUGUUGUGAGAGGUAAGACAUUGUGUAGCAGCCCUGAUCUUUUUAAUUCCACUGCUCUUUCUCUACCUGCAGACAGUCCCACCCAUCAGCCUUUACUCCUUCCACCACUGCAAACCCCAAAAUUGUAUGGAAGCCCCACACAGAUAGGGCCAAGCUACAGAGGCAUGAUCAAUGUCUCCACGUCAUCAGACAUGGACCAUAACUCUGCUGUACCAGGUAGCCAGGUAUCUAGCAAUGUAGGUGAUGUCAUGUCCUUUUCAGUGACUGUCACUACCAUCCCUGCUAGCCAAGCUAUGAAUCCCAGCAGCCAUAGCCAGACGAUUCCUGUUCAGGCCUUUCCUGAAGAGAACAGUAUAGAAGAUACACCUUCGAAAUGUUACUGCCGAUUGAAAGCCAUGAUCAUGUGCAAAGGAUGUGGAGCUUUCUGCCAUGAUGAUUGCAUUGGCCCCUCCAAACUGUGUGUCUCCUGCCUUGUCGUUCGGUAAUGAGACUAGAAAAAGAUGCUGUAAAGGAGGGAAGGGAAGGGCUAACAAGAUGUUUUCUUACAUCCCUUUAGAGUCACAGAAAUAAAGUUUCAGUUGUCUUAAGAGAGACACAUUAAUCAGGAAUAGAGUACCAAUCUUUUACAUUUUGGAGAAAGAGCACCUUGUGUAGUAAGUCCAAUGUGCUAAUAAAACUAUGAAUUGGUGACAAGUUUGCACUUAAAAAAUCAUGUAAAUAUGUCACAUUUUGGUUAACACUGUUUUUCUAAGUGUUUAGGUGAUGAUGUAUUACUUUGAAUUCCAAAUAUGUUCCAUUUCUUGUGAGUGAGAAAAGUUGAAUGGUAUGCUUGGUGAAAGUAAGCUGUUUCUCUUUGAUCUUUUCUGAGGCUAGGAAAAGGUUAUUCAUAAACUGGCCUUUACAGGAUUUAGAUUAAGGGUUUACUCUUUCAUUUACCUUAGGUGAAAUUUUAUUUUUAAAUUUUCAUUUUAGGUGAAAAAUUUUAAAAGAUGUUAACAUCUCAAACUGUUUUUGACCUAAAAACUCUGGCUUGGCUUUUUUACUUCUUUGAAUCAGUACUGUCGUCAAGCAGAACCCCUCUAUUCCCUAACUCCACUCCUCUGGCCUGAGAAAGUGAAGGUCAUUCAUGAAGGGUCUGCCUCUCAGGGCCCCUGUAUGUUACUGUAGUCUGUAUAUGGCAAUACUUCCAGCACUAGUCUAUUUCCACACUGCAUCAUUUAUAGGAGCACACAAACAGAUUUGAGAUACCAGCAUAAGAUGAGUGGACACAUAGUGAUGGGGAGAUUUGAGCUACUGUCUUAUAGGAUGAAGAGAAUCAAAAAACUGCAAAAGCUUAACUGAGCACACCAAGAACCUUAAAAAAUGAUUUUAGCACUAGAUACAAGGUUAAUCUUCUCUUCCAACCCUUUAUCUAUUGUCAUACACCUACUAUAGGUUGGAAAGCUCAUUAGUGGUACAUUGACUCUUUCUGUUCAACCUGUUUUGAUAUCUCAGGCAUAAGAGAAGGAAGAAGUAAUGUUCUGCCAUCUUACCACAAAAACAUAUAUGCGUCUUCAUGCAGAAGGCAGUCUGCUCAUUUAGAAUAUAGGAAAUAUGUCUACUGUCUUGGAAUUACUACUGUCUGUGCAACAAGGGUACCUGUUGGGCAUUGAUGAAUGACCAAGGGAAUGUCUGGAAGACAACUGGGCUUCAAAGUUUUGCCCUUUUUCCUUUUUAUUCUUUUUUGAUCAUAAAAUACUUCUCUAGUGACUGAGCAGUUUUUGAGUAAAUACUAUUUAGGUCACAGUUAAAGAACAUUGAAAGGGGAAAAAAACACAGUUUAUCAGAAUUUCGUAUUGAACAGGAGAUUAUCAGUAUCUUAUUUGCAUAUUGACUUGUGUCCUAAUUUUAAGUGCGUAAUUAAAUAUAAUAGUGCAACCUAGUAUAGAUACAUUGGUAUUUAAUAUUCAAAAGGGUGUUUUAAAAAUGCAAAACAUUGUAAGCCUGUUAAGUCACAUUCCAGAUUUUGUGAGACAGUGAUCUGUUCUGGCUCUAUCCUAGUGGGUACCUCACCCCCUUGCAUUGACACUUGUAAUGCCUUCUCACAGUCCCUGUACUAAACUACACAAGAAACUCAGCUUUAUUACUUUUCCUCUCUGGCUCUUUUGUUGUAGCCCAAAACAAAUACAGGAUUUUUUGUAUGUAUUUCAGUGCCAGCCAAGACAGUAUGAUGUCUUUCCAUCUUCAUUUCUUCCACCACACACAUAGCUAACACAUAAGAAAGGCUCCAAGGAUCCAGGGAUAAGAAGUGUGUUCUCAGCAAAUAAGUAGGAAUUAGAAACCAAGCUUCUGCCACCAAAUUUGCAGUACCUUGGGUAAUCUCCAAGGUACCAUGCCCGGCCUCUUUGUUCCUCUACUUAGUUGCAUUUUUGUGCCCAGAAGAGGUUUAGUGGUGCAGAAUGGAGUCCAUACUAACUGUUGAUUACUAGUGUUUUUUUCUGCUUUGUUCCUUUCCUCCAUGGACCAGAGGAAGGCAUUAGGGAUUUCCAGGUACAUUUAGAGAAGAAAGCAUAUUGUGCCUCUUCCUCUUGGUCCAUAUAUUCUUGUAGCUAGGUCCUAAGCACUGCUGCUUAUCAGAUUCUUCUAAGUAACACACAGAGAAAUACUUAUAUCCAGGAAUAUGGCAACAGAAGCUGCUAGCUAAGUAUACUGCCUUGGACUUGACUAGAUAAGAGAAUACAUUCUCUUAGACUGGAAGCAAAUAAAAUAUCAAUUCAUCAAUUUUUUAAACUCGUUUCAAGUACCAUCUCAUAAGUGAAUUCAUUUUUAUAAGUGAAUAUAAAAAAUUUGGCCCUUUAGAGUUUGGUACUUUAAGUAAUUUUUUUCCUAGCUUUUUAGAUGUUUUACCUUUAUAUUUGCUCAGAAAUGCUUUAAUAAAUGCUAACUUAUUUUGGAGGGUUAUUAAGUGGCAAUUUCUAGUCAUAAAUUAGAUACCAUACCUGAUGCAUAUGCCCCCUGUGUAUCUUCUCUAGUUUUCAAGUAACCUCUGCUUCAGUCACUGCAGAAAGUGCUCACUCAUGUUGCAGCUCAGUGGGAUUUGUAAGUGUUCCAGGUUGUCUGGUAGGACACUGCCUCAAUCUUAAAAGAUUGUUGAGUAGUCACAGAUUGUAUCAGGAGUUGUUUGCUGUGAAUCCUUUAAGAUGUUGAAACUGCCUCUAGCAUUGUAUUAGUUUUUUGAGAAUAAGAGCUGUCAAAUGGAGAUUUUCAUGGAGUGGGAGGUGAGUGCUUACCUGGGCAGGUAAGGCACAUAGAUGCAGACAUCUAAUUUAGUUCAUCUCGGGUGUAAGUAAACCAUCAAAGAAAGGGAAACCUCAUCACCUUCAAGUGAAGGUGCAGUGCCUCACAUAUUAAUGACCCAUCAGUCACCAUACAAAUCACUGAUGAUGUUUUCUUCCCCUUAGAUAUCCUUAAAGAACUCUGGUUAAAUGAUUUGCUAGAAAGAGAUGGGUUUCUUCUGGUCAUUUUACUACUAUUUAUUUUAGAACUCACUGUUCAUGAGCAGUGUCAGAGCUGUUUUCUCUCUGACAUCCCACCAUAGCAAAGAGAGGCAAGUUUCCCCAUUGUAUUACAACAGUGUGCUAAGUGAAAAACUUGGCCAAGGGUAGUUUGCCUCUCAGUUACAGAAUAGUCCAAAGAGACUGUGAAACAUGGUGACAGGCAGGGACCUUUCCUACAUGUUUCAGUACUUACAUACCUAUUGAAAGAAAACAGUAGGUGAGACAUUUCCUAAAGUUGGAGCAAUAGCUUCAUAGAGUCUUGGUUACUUUAUUUUUUUUAAUGCUUUACAUUUGAUACAACUAUUAAAGAUCAAUUUUAAAAAUAACUUUCCAGUAAUAUAUUUUAAGUAAUAUAUAUUUUAAUAUCUAUGUAAAAAGUAACUAUGGAAGACUGAAUUUCUCAUAUAUGGUAUGUUUAAUGUAGGACUUCACUGUUAAGGCACAUAUUAUUUCAAAGGAAAUUAUUCUAAAGUCACUCAAAUUUUCUCCCCCCCCCCAAAAAAAAAUGCAAUAAGGGGAAUGGUUUGUUAGGGCCUUUAUUUUUUAUUUUAAAAGAAAAUUGACUUAGUUUCCACAAACUAUUCCCCCUGGCCCACCACUGGUGAUAAGGUUUAUACAGACUGGUUUGGUAAAUACUAAACUUUUGUGUCUUCUGCCUUUGUAAAGGAAUUGUUAACAUGGGAAUUGAGGGUAUGUACAGAAAAGUUGGUGUCAACACCAUUUAAUAAGUCAUAUUUUUUCACAAAUAAAAAAAGU